UUAUUCUGUAAUGACAUUUUUCGCGAUGGGACUUAAAAACACUUCCCUCUUUGUCUUCUUUCGAGGAGUUAUAUUACUCUGCACAGUUUUCCACGCAGGAGUAGAAUCGUCUGCCCUUUCUCGAUCAACAUAUUUCACAACGUUGACAAAUAAGCAGCUUAAAGGUUUUGUCGUGAAACGGUUUAAGUCUCCCAGUCAAAUUUGGUGUGGUCAGUCAUGUUUGAAAAACGCCUGGUGUACUUCAACAAACUUCAAACCUGCUCCUCAAACUUCCAAGUCUGAUGGCAAAGGAACUUGUGAACUAAACAAGCACGACGUUAUCAAAGAAAACGCACAUUUACAGUUCGAGGCGGGAGCCAUUUUCUCAGCACUUAUUAAGGAUUGCCGACUAGCAGCCAGCACCUGUUUAAAUGGUGGUGUGUGUUUUUAUGACAAGAAAAAGCAAACUUAUUCAUGUGAAUGCAAGCCCCCUUGGACCGGAGAAACUUGUGCUGAUCUGUUUGACUGUGACAGCCAUCCCUGCAAAAACAAUGGAACUUGUACAGUCGGAGUCAAUGAAUAUAACUGCAGCUGUGCACCAGGAUUUUACGGGACACAGUGUGAAAAGAUUGAAGGCCUGUCUUGUUCAUCAGCUUACCGAAUGGUCUUUGGACAACCUAGCACAAAGAAUUACGCCAGCAUAACAAACGCCACCUCGUCUAGUGUCUCGGAAUUUACUAUGUGCCUUUUUGUCAGAAUGAAGGAUACCAAUUUCAGUAGUGGCCAGUGCCUCUACAGUUAUGCGACUACUGGAGCACCUUUUGGGAAUGCCUUCUACGUUUGCCUGUUUUCCCCAGGAAUUAGGAUUUCUAUACACGCCUCGGGAGAUGAUGAUACAGACGCCAGAGUCAAAAUUAAUGAUACCAUGUGGCAUCACAUUUGUGUUACCUGGAAUAACACCAAAGGCGACUGGCAGUUUUAUCUGGAUGGACAACUUCAAAGCUCUGGAACUGACUUGAAGAAAAAUCAUCAGAUACCAGCCGGCGGAACAGUUGUCAUUGGACAAGACCAAGAUAAAGUCGGAGGGGACUUUGAUAUCGAAGAUAGCUUUGGGCCGGGUGAGGUAACAGAAGUCAAUCUUUGGAGUAGGGUCCUUUCUGGGGAUGAAAUUGCAGCUCAGAAGGCAAAUUGUGACAUCGCACAAGCAGGCCUCGUUCUCUCGUGGGGACAGUUCAAAGGAAAAGUUACUGGUGUGAAAAUAGUCGAGCCUUAAAAGUGAUAGGAUUUUUAACACCACCAUCUGGUUUACGACAAACUCUUUAUCACAGAAAGAGAUCCUUCCUCGAGCAAGGAACACCUAAACACUGAUCAAUAUCUACAUACAUGUUAAAUAGCUUUUACCACUCGUAUUGUGGAGUCCAACAAUUGUUAUUACACAGAUGAUUGCCCUUUUACCCAGUUCAGUAGAGUAUAUCAUAGAUUGCGCCCUUCUAUUUAUGAUUUGAUAACCAUAAGGUUGCUCUGUAGUCGCUCGCUACUGUUGAUAAAACGCCAAAGUUCAGGACUGAGGUAGCGAGUAUAAUUCAAUUAUUAGUCACGAAGCAUUUAAGCAAUUUUGCACGAAUAUCAUGAUCUUAAUCACCAAAACAGGAUCUCUGAACCAUAUGACACAAUUUGUAUCCCUUUCUUAUUUAUUUCUUUGCACGAGGCAAUCGAAGGCGGCGAAAAAAGGGAGAAGGUAAAAAACAUUGUUUCCUUGGGUGAAAUCUUGGAAAGUCGCAUGCCCCCCUCUAGAGUUAUAUUGCACCGGAGUAUUUUCCCUUAACUUAACCUUUAAAGAAAAGCUCAAAACCCAGCCUUAAAUUUUGUUAAUGAUUUCCAUCCAUUGUGUCUAAGUCACAAAACCUUCCUACAUACCUUUGUCUUGUAAAUUUUGUUCCCUCGGUUUUAAAUAUUUGUCAUUGUGGAUUUCUUUUCAAUUGUAAUCGUAAUUGAUUAUGGUUUUAAGUAACCGUAAGUGCAACCGUAAUAAUAUUUGAGAUACUAUUAACGGGUUGGAACUGGUGACGACAUUUGGCUGAAACUCGAUUUGUUCAUAAUAAAGGUAGUUGUAAUGUUUUGUCGUAAAGGAGGUCAAUUGAUGAAGUUUGAAGAAGAACCAACUUUUAUGUUUAAUUUAUUUUUUUAUUUCAUUCGUUCAUUUAUAUUCUACAUACUAUUUACUAUCUACAAUAUUUUUAGUAAGAUUUGCGACAUCAAUCACAAUACCAAUGUUACAUAGAUAGUACAAAUACGUAUUUCAAUCGAGUGUCGCAAAACCAAAACCAGAUUAAUCCCCUUAGUUUAUCAAGAAGAAAGUGGGGUAUCUUAUUGUAUGUUUCUCUUACAUUGGAAAUUUUUUCGUUGUGGCGUACUUAUAACAUUGUUACACGCGGGAUACUGUCAAUGACGCUAUUCACGAUCAGAUUGCGUACUUACUCAACAUAUAGUAGAGUCACCACUGUAGAUAACAUUGCAUCAUUCUUCUUAAAUCAUGGAUGCUUACUACAUUUAUUUAAGUUACAAGGUAAUUUUAACUUGAGGGUCUCCAUGAGGCGAUGAUUCUUACGGCUAACGGUUAAAAGUUU